GAAUCCCCCACCGCUGCCGGCGAUCGCCGGAGGACGACCCCGCGCCGCCCGGCGAUCGCCAGCCCGGCAGCAAUGCCUCCCCCGCCGCCGUCCAUCGCCGGGAAGGCCGCCUGCUUCCUCAGCUUCGCGGCGGCGCGCGACCGCUGCUUCAGCCACCGCUUCCUCGCCGCCGGCCUCCGCCCGCUCGCCGUGCACCUCCCCGACGCCGCCGACCCCGUCACCACCGUCCACAUGUGGGUCCCCGCCAGCCCGCCGCGCAACCCGCUCGUCCUCCUCCACGGCUUCGGCGCCUCCGCCACCUGGCAGUGGUACCCCUACCUCCGCCCCCUCAUCGCCGCCGGGUUCGACCCCAUCGUCCCCGACCUCGUCUUCUUCGGCAACUCCUGCACCCGCCUCCCCGACCGCUCCGACAUGUUCCAGGCCUGGUCGCUCAAGGCGGCGCUGGAUGCGAUCGGGGUGAAGAAGUUCGGGCUGGUCGGGGUCAGCUACGGCGGGUUCGUGGGCUACAAGAUGGCGGCCAUGUACCCGGACGCGGUGGACAAGGUGGCCAUGGUGUGCGCGGGCGUCUGCCUCGAGGAGAAGGACCUCGCCGAGGGUCUGUUCCCUGUCGCCGGCGUCGACGAGGCGGCAGCGCUGCUGGUGCCGCGGCGGCCGGACGAGGUGCGGCGCCUCGUCAGGCUCACAUUCGUGCGCCCGCCACUCAUCAUGCCAUCCUGCUUCCUCUGGGACUACAUUAAGGUGAUGGGCUCGGAUCAUAUCCAGGAGAAGACAGAGCUACUGCAUGCCUUGAUUAGUGGACGUCAACUUUCAACUCUUCCAAAACUAAAACAGAAAACACUGAUAGUCUGGGGGGAGCAAGAUAAGGUGUUCCCAAUGGAGUUGGCCCAUCGAUUGAAGAGGCAUCUAGAUGGGAACUCCCGAUUAGUUGUCAUACACAACGCUGGGCACGCAGUCAAUCUCGAGAAGCCCACCGAAGUGUGCAAGAGCAUCAUCGAUUUUUUCCAAGAGCCGGUCGCCGAAGAUUCAAACGACGAAAUGGUGUAGAGCUCUCAUCGAGGUGGCGGAUGGGUCUUCUUUGGCUGGACAUCGGCAGUGUGGCGUUUCCUCGUGGUUGCACAGAGCAGUGGAGAGGGGCUUGUAUCGUUUCUCUCCGUUCUCCAUGAAUAUACCCCAUUCUGAUGUGAUGAUGUGCCGGGUUCAGUGUAAUCUCCAUUGUGUGAACUGGCAUGUGAGACGCCAGCGAGAUUACGUUGUGCUAUCGUUGAGGUGGAAUGUGGAGCCUUCGCGUCCCUCAUUGUUUGUCAUGUGUCUUUCGUGGCUUUCACUGUCAGCUGGGCACACGACGUUGCCCACAAUCAGCAAGCGAGUACAGUACAAACCGACUAGUGAUUAGUGAAUGAUGAUGAAUUGAUGAUGCAAAAUGACAGGUCGGCCGUUCCAG